CAACAUUACAAACACAUUAUCAUUUCUCUCUCUCCCUAUAUACACACACACAAAUAGUAAUAUAUAUCUUACAUUGUGUGUGUGUGUGUGUUUAGUGCCAGAGCUUUGAGUUCUAGUUCUUGGUGAGAACUCUGGAGGAGAUGAAACUGGAUCAGUUGCCGGAAGAUUGCAUGGCUCGUGUGCUGUCUUUCACCACUCCUCGUGAUACGUGCCAAACGUCGGCUGUCUCGUCGGCACUCCACGCGGCGGCGGAUUCCGAUCUCCUUUGGGAAAAAUUUUUGCCGCCAAAUUACCGGGAAAUUUUAUCAAGAUUGGUGACACCGGUGGAAUUCAAAUCCAGAAGAGAGUUGUUUGGCAUACUUUGUAGUCCACUUCUCAUUGAUGGGGGUAAUAAGAGUUUCUCAAUAGACAAAUCAACGAGUAAGAAGUCAUACAUGUUGAGUGCAAGGGAGCUUUCAAUUACAUGGGGAAGCAAUCCUCUCUAUUGGUGCUGGAAACCCCUCCUCCAAUCAAGAUUCGCUGAAGUUGCUGAGCUUAUACUGAUAUGGUGGCUAGAAAUCCAUGGCAAUAUAAAUACCCUAAUGUUGUCACCAAACACAAAAUAUGGUGCCUAUCUCAUUCUCAAAAUCUGUGAUCGAGCUCACGGGUUAGACUCCAUUCCCUCCGAGGUUUCAGUUGAAGUCGGAGACUACCAUUCGAAAGGAAUGAUUUGUCUAAAACGUCCACGCGAAGAUAGGAUCAGGCCAUUUGUGGGGGGCACUAGGAGGAUUGAAGUGUUGAGACCGAGUUUUUCGAAGGAGGAAGAAGAAAGGGUAGUCCGCGAACGGAGAGAUGGAUGGUUGGAGAUUGAACUGGGAGAGUUCUACAAUGAUGGGAGUGAAAAGGAGGUGAAGAUGAGUUUGAGGGAGGUGAAAGGUGAGCAUUUGAAAGGUGGGAUUGUUGUUGAGGGCAUUGAGGUUAGACCCAAGUCCUAACCAGCUAGCUCGCUAGCUAGUUGUAGCAGUAUUAAUGUGUCAUUUCUUUGAAAAAUGAAAUAUUUCUCCAUUAGUUGGUUUGAAUGUAAAAUAUUUUUAAUUUUUUAUUCAAUUUUUUUGUUGUUUGGUUGUCUUAAAA